AUGAUUCAUUCGCAAAGUGCGAGUCAUUACAAGGAGGAAACGACCAUAUAUCAGACGGUGGAGGAUGCGGAUAUCAAAUACGUGCCUGAAUCAAACUUCAAUCAGGAUAUCCGAAGCACAAUUACGUCGAAUCAUCAGUUUACCUGUGACGAGACAUCCAUCUGCUCUGAUUCCUUGGAGACGCGUUAUACUUCAUUAUACUCGUCUAUACCUGACUCUCCUGCGAGCGUCGGAUCGCCGGUAUAUGAAUGCGGAAUAGCAUGCAUCUCCCAGGACUACCUAUUGCCCCUUGAUGCUUUCAAUCCACGAUCAGAUAGUCCGGCUGGUGAAACCAUUUGUCUGAAGCCUUCUCAGGAUUGGCUUUCACCCCAUGCCCAGGAGAUCGACGAGUUCUUGGAUCUUUCGGAAACAAGCGAUAUGUCUACAAGCUGCAUAUCUACAGGGAGUGUUUCUAGCCUCUGCGUUGAAGAUGUAUCGUCUACCUUGGCCACGUACGUACCAGUGCAGGCCCGUCCUCUUAUUUCAUACACGGAACAUCAACGAGCGAUUUACUCGGAAUUUUUUCAGUACUCACCCGAGCCAAUUCGAUUCGAUAUAAGCGAGUCAGCUGGAGCGGCGAAUUCGGGCACUUCUUGUCACCAGGGCGAUGAUUGUGUCUGCCAUGAUCUCAUAGAUGCGGAUGAACACUGA